AUCGUUUUGCCUUGAGUUCCCUCCAACCUCCAUCGCAGCUGGUGACCAGAACUACGCAUUCGGCCCGCGUGCCAGCGAAGUCUCCAGGACCGCGCCUGGGGAACUGCGCCACCACCUCAACUCUGUCGCCGAGCCUCAGCCCCUGUUUCAAAGCUGCGGAACGGUGAAUCGCGUCUGGUUCAACAGCCAACGAGCGCCGUCAUGCGCCGCUGCUGCGCCUUGCUGGCAUUAAUGGAAAGGCUGGCGGAAAAAAGAUGUCAUCUUUCUUGGACAAUUGUUUCACGGUUGAGGGCGAUGUGAAAUGCUGUCUCUUGUUGUUUACUUGUGUCUCCGGCCUGCGCUGGCGGUUCCGCUUCCGAAUGUUACGAUUAAGGAUACAGGAGUCGCUCCAUCUUGGGUUGAUGAUCCGUCGGGUAGAGGGACUUGGAAUCUGCUUUACAGUUGUGGAUUUACUCUCGUCUUAUGCGUCUGGACAUCUAUUCAUCUCAAUGUUCCUCCACCUCGUGAAUCUGCUUGGCUUGGUUGGCGGCGGAAGUUAAAAUGGGUUGUCAUCGCUCUCUUCGCACCUGAGAUUGUGGUCUUUACGGCUUUCCAACAGUGGCUUACGGCGAGAUUUUUUUUGAAGGAGUUGAAGAACCUUCGCAAAGCGAUCCCCGCUAAGAAUUCACAGGCCGAAGCUUCCCAAGCUGAAUACCCGUUUGACAUGACAUACGCUUAUUAUGCUGUUAUGGGUGGAUUUGCAGUCAAAGUUGAUCACUUGCACAAUACCCUCGAUCGGGCGACUCUUACGACAAAUGGCAUCCUGCUCCUUGCACAGCACGGCCAUUACUUUACCCUCUCCAAAGAGACGAUUUCCGACAAGAGCAAAGCCAACUAUCUUGCCAAAGGGCUCGUGUGCGUCCAGGUUCUCUGGGUGGCAGGCCAAGCGAUUGAACGGAAGAUCGCGGGAUUUCCAAUCAGCCUUCUUGAAUUUCACACAUUGGUCCACGUAUUCUGUGCCAUUGUUAUGUACACGCUGUGGUUUCGAAAGCCUUACGAUAUCAACGAACCCACCGUCGUCCCAACCGAGGACUUUCCUAAUGCUCUCGCAUUUAUUGUGGCCAGUUCGAGGUGGGCUGGAGCCAGUGGAUUCCAGAAGAUCUCUGAUUUUCGUUCGCACGAGUGGUUCGAGAGCUUUUACAGUAAGUUACCUAGGAGCCAAGAUCCAAAGUUUAUGUUCUACAGAAACUUAAAGACCACGCCUCAAGCAUGGAAAUCCGAGAUCGACAUGUAUGACAGAUCCAGAGGCAGAGAAAUACCGCUAGAAAAGAAUGACAACCGCAUUCGAAACCAUCUAGUCCGUCUUCCCUUCUACUCGAACCACAAAGCGGGAAAUCUGGGAGGCCUUCCUUACAUCCCGAACCCCGAGGGGGUAGGAUUAGGAAGUGCCAAAAGAGAAAACAGCGCGUUUAUCAUCGCACGAGACCUCGAGUCUCCUUACUUCGCUGGAGAGGCCGUUGUGAAGAGUUUUAAGCCAGCAAAUGGUGCUCCUGAAGUUCUUGCUUUUCAAAGCGGCCAGGCUCUUAGUUCGGGGCUGGGACCUAAUAUCAAUUGGUAUCCAAGUGGGAAGAGAAAUUACGGAUCUGGAGUUCGUGUGGGCCUGUCCCAGAAAGAUCUUAAUAGGCUCAGCAUGGCUGGCAACUUCGCUCAGGAGCUCCUGGAUGGGAAAGACGACUCGCGAUUUCAAACAAAUUCGCUCAAGCCUUCAUUCCGGGAUAUCACAGAGAAGCCUUUCAACCCUUUCGAGGCACGACGUAUUCGGCCCUACGGGGAAUCCCUAAUCAACCAGAGGCAAAGUAACUUUUUUGACUUGCAAGAGUUCACCGAUCUCUUCAAUAUAUUCGGCAAGCGUGGCGAUCUUUAUCUCUACACGCUACUUGCUCUCGCGGUCAUUGUCAUUCCCGCCGCCUAUGGCGGGAUACACCUUUCUGCCAUAAAUUCUUUAUUCCCAACCGAAAUCGAACUAACACUUUGGAAAUCGUCGUGUUUCAUCCUCCUUGGGUUCGCGGGUCUUAUAAUCGCUGGAAUUGUUGGAAUCUUCGCAUUUUUUAAGUCUAUGGAUGCAUGGCAUAUGUUGGUGGAAUAUCAGCCUUUUCGCAGUAUGACCUUGAAUCUCGAGGUGCCAGAUUGGCUGGAAACUGUUGCUUUAGUCUUGUUAUGGAUAGGUGCUGCCAUUGCCAUUAUUUCUGUUGUCUUACUGUAUAUUGGCGCGAGGCUUUUCAUUGUCAUUGAGUCAUUCAUUUCGUUGAGGCAUGUACCAGUUGGUGUUUAUCUGACGCCCAACACAAAUUUCAUGAGCUACAUACCCCAUUUGUAGUUAUGUUUAUUAUUUAGAUCUCGUUUACAAUUUCAGAAGCUGCGCAUUUUCAGAUGAAUAUCAACAUCAUCUUGCAACUGAUUCCUUUAACAUUGGUUCUUUGCUACCCACUUCAAGACUGCUUUGUUGCAAGUGUUAUGUCUGAGCUUUGGUUUGAAUAAGAGAACAGGGUUAGCGAACGAUAUUAGACUGUUUGAAUCCUUAUUAACUCGCCAAUUAGCUCAUUGUCUGGGCUUUGACGUUUUGCGGCACUCUUGGGGAAAAUAGGGUACAAACUUUACCUCUUCAGUUUUUAGCUCUUAAUUAAAAUAGAAGUUUUGAG